GGAGGCACUCGUGAAUUUGGUGACGGAACACCAAACGAAGUUUCCAUUUUCGUAGCUAAACGAUUCUAAUAUUGUUGACGAUCUAACAUUUCUAUCGGUCCUUUUUUUUUCUCACCCCCCAAUUACCCCAAUUACCCCAAUUACUUUCCUAACGCUUAAUUAUCAAUCACACGGUUUAUUUUUUGAGGAUAAGAGCUAGUGGGAUAUGAGCUACACCGAACCGUUGUGGGAGAUAAAUGGAAAUCAAGCACAAGUAAUUACACAGGAAAUGUCACAGUACGUUGGUACCGAACUUGGAAGUUAUCCGAUGUGGGACAGUUCCGUUUUGUAUCAGCCACCACCGGCUACUCAUUCUCAUGUCAAUGAACACGGUUUGUACAGGCAACCCUGUGCUUUGUUACAUCAAAGUCGUUAUACACAAAAUGGCCGCUCAGCGAAUCUUCCCUCGUCUACUACGAAAAAACCAAGACGCAGAGUUGCAACAGUUUCUCAAAGAAGAGCCGCUAAUAUUCGUGAAAGGCGUAGAAUGUUCAAUUUAAACGAAGCCUUCGACAAAUUACGAAGAAAGGUGCCAACGUUCGCUUAUGAAAAACGUUUAUCAAGAAUCGAAACACUUCGUUUGGCAAUCACUUACAUUGCAUUCAUGGGAGAAUUAUUAGGAAUCGAACCCACCAGUCCAAAACCAGAAUAUAUACCACGUGAAUAUUAUUUGCCUAAUUAAAAAUCAUCCAAUGGCUAAGAACAAACAUGUCUUCCAAAUCGAUCUCAUUAUUUUUUCUUCUCUUACAUGAAUUUUAAUAUAAAACUAAUUGUU